CUGAGCCUUCCAGAGAGCCUGAACCUGCACCGAGACCCACAGCGCCCCAGCAAGCCAGGAGAGCUACCCAUGUUCAGCCAGUCGGAGCUGAGGACUAUCGAGCAGUCCCUGCUGGCCACACGGGUGGGCAGCAUCGCUGAGCUCAGUGAUCUUGUGUCCCGGGCGAUGCACCAUCUACAGCCCCUCAAUGUGAAACACCAUGGCAAUGGUACUCCCCUGCACCACAAGCAGGGGGCGCUCUACUGGGAGCCGGAAGCCCUGUACACUCUCUGCUACUUCAUGCACUGCCCGCAAAUGGAGUGGGAAAAUCCCAACGUAGAACCUUCCAAGGUCAACCUCCAGGUGGAAAGGCCCUUCCUCGUGCUGCCCCCUCUGAUGGAGUGGAUCCGAGUGGCCGUGGCGCACGCCGGCCACCGCCGCAGCUUUUCUAUGGACAGCGACGAUGUCCGCCAAGCCGCCAGGCUUCUGCUGCCCGGAGUGGACUGCGAGCCGCGCCAGCUCAAGGCGGACGACUGCUUUUGCGCUUCUCGGAAGCUGGACGCAGUGGCCAUCGAAGCCAAGUUCAAGCAGGACUUGGGCUUCCGGAUGCUGAACUGUGGACGGACCGACCUGGUGAAGCAGGCAGUGUCUUUGCUGGGGCCGGAUGGAAUCAACACCAUGAGCGAACAGGGCAUGACCCCCUUGAUGUAUGCCUGCGUCCGUGGGGACGAGGCGAUGGUGCAGAUGCUGCUGGAUGCCGGAGCUGACCUGAAUGUGGAGGUUGUCAGUUCUCCUCAUAAAUAUCCAUCCGUCCACCCCGAGACCCGCCAUUGGACGGCUCUGACUUUUGCUGUGUUACAUGGACAUAUUCCUGUAGUUCAGCUCCUCCUGGACGCUGGGGCCAAGGUGGAAGGCUCGGUGGAACAUGGCGAGGAGAACUAUUCAGAAACUCCUCUCCAACUCGCAGCGGCUGUUGGAAAUUUUGAGCUGGUUAGCUUGCUGUUGGAGCGUGGUGCGGAUCCCCUGAUAGGAACCAUGUACAGGAAUGGAAUUUCCACAACCCCCCAGGGUGAUAUGAACUCUUUCAGCCAGGCCGCAGCCCAUGGACACAGGAAUGUGUUCCGCAAACUCCUCGCUCAGCCAGAGAAGGAGAAGAGUGAUAUCCUGUCCCUGGAGGAGAUUCUGGCUGAGGGGACUGACCUGGCAGAAACAGCCCCGCCCCCCUUGUGUGCCAGCCGCAACAGCAAGGCCAAACUGAGGGCCCUGAGGGAGGCCAUGUAUCACAGCGCUGAGCACGGCUACGUGGAUGUCACAAUUGAUAUCAGGAGUAUAGGUGUCCCCUGGACUCUGCACACGUGGCUGGAGUCACUCCGGAUUGCUUUCCAGCAGCACCGCAGGCCCCUCAUCCAGUGUUUGCUCAAGGAGUUCAAGACUAUUCAAGAAGAGGAGUACACAGAGGAGCUCGUCACCCAAGGCCUGCCCCUGAUGUUCGAGAUCUUAAAAGCAAGCAAGAAUGAAGUGAUCAGCCAGCAGCUGUGCGUCAUCUUCACACACUGUUAUGGUCCCUACCCCAUUCCCAAGCUCACGGAGAUCAAGAGGAAGCAGACGUCACGCCUGGACCCUCAUUUUCUGAACAAUAAAGAGAUGUCUGACGUGACCUUUCUGGUAGAGGGAAGGCCUUUCUACGCUCACAAAGUGCUGUUGUUUACAGCCUCUCCCAGGUUCAAGGCCCUCCUCUCCAGCAAGCCAACAAACGACAGCACCUGCGUGGAGAUUGGCUACGUGAAGUACCCCAUUUUCCAGCUGGUCAUGCAGUAUCUCUACUACGGUGGCCCAGAGUCACUUCUCAUUAAAAACAAUGAGAUCAUGGAGCUUCUGUCUGCCGCUAAGUUUUUCCAGCUGGAGGCUCUGCAGCGACACUGUGAGAUUAUCUGUGCAAAAAGCGUCAAUACUGACAACUGUGUGGAUAUCUACAGCCAUGCCAAGUUCCUUGGGGUGACGGAGCUCUCAGCCUACUGUGAAGGCUACUUCCUUAAAAAUAUGAUGGUCCUCAUUGAAAACGAAGCAUUCAAGCAGCUCCUGUAUGACAAAAAUGGCGAAGGGACCGGCCAGGAUGUGCUUCAGGACUUACAGAGGACGUUGGCCAUUAGGAUUCAGUCCAUCCACCUGUCGUCUUCCAAGGGUUCUGUGGUAUGAAACCGCCCCAUGUGGCAACGCUUCCCAGGAGCAAGGUUUCUGGUUCCCUCCCGCAUUGGCACCACAAAAACAUACAAAUUGUUCCUGGUGUCUGUCUGUACUGGGCCAAGGAGCUGCCUCCACUGCCUCAGCUACUCUCAGGUCAGUGAACUUGGCUUCCGUGUGCCCCUGAGUGAAGAACCUUCCACGAGUCUGCAGGUGAGAUUGUAGCAGAGGCCAGAACCCGCAGGCCAACUCAGCAGCCAAGCCACCUCCAGUGCCCAGGAGCCAUGGACACCUGCUGCCGAGGACCAUGAUCGAACAGAUGGACCAAGGCUUAAAGAUCCCUCUGCUUCCUGGUUGACUGAUGAAAAACUGAAAGUAUGACCUUGAAAAGCAUCAUGUCACACACGAAUGACCUUGGAGGCUGUACUUGUUCAUGCAUCAGCCGUGGUGGCUAGUUGUUGAUGCUGUUGCCCGGCAUGAGGAAAUCACAUGGCCAGUUUUUAGGGGUGGGAACUUUUUAAAAAUGUUCAUGUAUAGCAAACACAGAGCGGUCUCGUAGUUUCGAAUAUAUUUCUAAAAGCUUAACAGUUCAUUUUCAACCGAAUUGUGUUUAGGGAAUCUGUGUUUGGGGUUCUUUUCAUUUUGUAGACAGUGAGUUGCAGGUCCAUGCCGUGUAAACUUGCAUCCGACAAAUUCCUGCUGAUACUAUACAAGGUCACAUAUUCCUGCCUUAGUGAUUUGAUCAUGGUUCCACAAAAGAGGUGCACUGCCAGUUAUCUCUGAUUAUCUCGAAUCCAGUAGUUGACAAUAACCUGCAUGCUGAUCGUGGUUGUGGGGUGGGACUAGGGCACCCCCACAUAACAGAACAUGCAUUUGCAUGGACCAAACCUGUACAACAUCAUGUCUGUGCUUGGGUUUCUUUUGCCAAAGUAAGAUAUGUUCUCUCGCUUCUGCUAAAAGCCCAUUUGGUGAAACAAACAUAUCUGUUUCUUUUCCUGAUCAUGAAUGGCUCUGGGGAUAGUUUUUCAGAAACAUGUUCAUUUCUGAUACCGAAGGGGGGGGUGGGGGAGCACGUCAGAGAAUCUACUAUUAAUCUCAGAGCUUUAUCUGUAUUCUCAGAAGAUGUUCAUAGUUUGUUACUAGCCAAAGAGUAUGACUAUGUUAGAUUAUUUUUAAAGAGGAAAAGUGUAAGAUAGGUCUGACACUUUCUGGAUCCUGAGAGUGUGCAGGCUACAAUUAUCUAUGAUGAAAGUUUAUAUUGACAGGGUUAUGUUUACUCUGCCAUAUAAUAUAUAUACAUAUAUGUAUAUAUAUGCAAAACAUUGGUAAAGUGCCACAAUACUCCAAAUAAUUCUUGAGUUGCGGCCUUUUUUUUUUCCUCCUUUUUUAUUUUUAAUCCUAGAUACAUUAAGGUAAAAGCUAGGAGAAUGGCUUUUGUCUUUUGGGAUGGCCAAGUUUUGUUGAUAAACCCAUUUCCUAGCAUGAUUUUUGGGAAGUUGCGCCAAACCCUAGAGUCUAAAGGAACUUGUAUCCUUCGCCUGUUGUCCUACUUCCUCAACACCUGUCAAGGACCCUUGUCAAGUCUUGUUUCACGGGUGUGGUGUGCAAGGUACCCAGCUCGAGUCUGUCUGGGGCAUCAACUCCUUUGUGAUGCAAGUCCCUGGGGCCUCUCUCCUCCAUGUAGUCAUCCAUGAGCCGACCCAGCCCUACCAUCAAGUGAGGAUGUGAACAGCUGCUUGAGGUGACAACCAAGUCACAGACACACAAGGGUGACCCACUGUUGCUUGCCUUCAGGGAUACUGCUCUCUAACCUAGCUGGUUCUCUGUGGAUGUCUCACCGUCUCUGGACCUCCAGGUGUUGAUCUGUACAUUGGUAACUCCCGCCUAGACUUCUGUUCAGUUUGGUGUGCUUUCUCUGCCAUUAAAAAAAAAUUAUUUCCCAC